AUGACGGCCGCGCGCGCGACGUAUUCGGACAAACACACGCGCGUGAGCGCGUCGUUCGGUGACGUCAAGGACAUUCGUUUGAGGCCGCUGCCGAAGCGCGACGACGAAGAAUCGUUCGCGGCGUCGGGUUUGUGGAGAGAAAAACCGUGCGUCAUCGUGGUGAUGCGCAGGCCGGGAUGAAGGAAGCGCGAGUUCGACGCGCUCGGGUGCACGCUGGCGUGCGUCCUCAAGGAAGGCUUACCCGCGGAGGUGGAGGAGUUUAAGCGAGACUUUUGGCCGGAACACUUAUACUUGGACGAAGAUAAGGCGUUCUUUAAGGCUGUGGGGGGUGGGAAACUGAAGAAAGGGUCGCUGAGUGCGUUUUUGAAUCCGUUUUCUCGCAUUUGGAAACACGCGGGCGACGCGAAGAAAGCCGGCGUCAAGGAACACAAUCUGAACGGCGAAGGGCUGAUCAUGGGUGGGAUGUUCGUGAUGAAGCCCGGUUCACAAGGCGUGCAGUAUCAGUUUCAAGAGCGAAAUUUCGGCGAUCACGCGCCCAUCGAAGACGUGUUGGCGGCGGCCAAGGCGGCGUCUGAGGCGUCGAAGUAA